UUUCAGUCGAAUUUCGAUUCGGUAACGCGUAUGGAUGAUUCUCCUUACAUCAAUCACACUUCUGGCAUCUCUCUGCCCUCUUCUUACUAUCCAGUGAGGGAAUGCAGUGAAUGUACGAACCCUUCUACUCAGGAUGGUCAAGAUCUACUCCGAAAACAUAAGAAGAUGCGAAUCACCCCGCUGACCGAUGAUUACAAUCCGAAGGAUAAUCUGGGCGAUCAGUAUCUGUGCGAAUAUGAGGCAACUCUCGAAAAGUUUAGCUCGAACUGGAAUGAACAUGAACAGUUGGAUUUCAUUGAACGCAUUCUCAAUCGUAUGUCCCAUAAUCAGCUGUUCUUCACACAUAAGUUAAUUCAGCCAAUGCUGCAGCGGGAUUUUAUCGCAUUGCUGCCACAGCACCUCGCAGAAAUGAUUCUUUUGAAUCUGGAUGCCCAUACUUUAGCUGCUUGUGAAGCAGUUAGCACAAAGUGGCGGGCUGUGCUGGCUAAAGGCCAGCUUUGGAGGAAAGUCAUAGAACGUAAUGUGCGGACGGAUAAUAUGUGGCGCGGGCUGAGUGAAAAGAAGAAGUGGCGAAAGUUUAUUUUGGUUAGUAGAGAUUGCGCGGCGCACGAAAUCUGUGAUAACUAUCGAGUACCUUACGAAAUGAUGCGAGGUUCUGCUGAGAUGAUCAUGCUGCAGCAUAAAUUUUACAGAGAACUGUUCCCAAAAGUUGUUAGCGACAUUGCAAAAAUCGAAUCCAAUUGGCGCAAUGGUGUUUACAAAUUAAGUAGUAUUAACUGCCGAUCGGAAAACAGUAAAGGUGUGUAUUGCUUACAAUACGAUGAUGGAAAGAUUGUUUCCGGUUUACGUGAUAACACUAUCAAGGUGUGGAAUCGCCAAGAUCUGAGUUGCGAACGGGUACUAUCAGGGCAUACGGGUUCUGUGUUGUGCCUUCAAUAUGAUGAAAGAGUUAUAAUAUCGGGUUCAUCUGAUGCAACGGUCCGCGUUUGGGAUGUAGCCACAGGAGAAUGUUUGAAUACGUUGAUCCAUCAUUGUGAAGCAGUUCUGCACUUGCGUUUCAAUGACGGGAUCAUGGUCACUUGUUCCAAAGAUCGUUCGAUUGCUGUUUGGGACAUGGUGUCUCCUCGCGAAAUCAAUCUUCGACGGGUUUUGGUCGGACAUCGGGCGGCUGUGAACGUUGUCGACUUCGAUGAUCGUUACAUAGUCAGUGCUUCAGGAGAUCGAACGAUAAAGGUCUGGUCUGCUGACAGUUUGGAGUUCGUCCGCACUUUAUCAGGUCAUAAACGGGGUAUUGCAUGCUUGCAGUAUCGUGGACGUCUUGUUGUAUCCGGAUCCAGCGAUAAUUCUAUCAGGCUGUGGGAUAUCCAUUCUGGUGUGUGUCUGCGCGUCCUCGAGGGACACGAAGAGCUUGUGCGAUGCAUUCGUUUUGAUGAUAAACGGAUUGUUUCGGGAGCUUACGAUGGGAAGAUUCGUGUCUGGGACUUAGAGGCUGCUCUUGAUCCUCGUUCGUCUCCUAGUUCGCUUUGUCUUAGCACUUUGGUGCAGCAUACUGGUCGUGUAUUUCGGUUGCAAUUCGAUGACUUCCAAAUCGUGAGCAGUUCUCACGAUGACACCAUUCUUAUAUGGGAUUUUCUGGUUGAGCCAACACAACAGGCCUGUGGAACAUCUCCACCUAGUAGCAAUCAGGAUGAUCCUGCACAACCAACCGCUGUGCCAUCCAGCUCAACUGAGCGGACGAUUGCUACUGAUGGAGCAUGCAGUCCUCCGCAGAGUCCACCCAGAGAUGAUGAUGUGUGUGGACACGUUGGACCAAGCACAUCGUACAGUAACAUAUAUGAAGGUUGGAGUGGAGAGAACGGAUGCUCACGCUUUGUGCAGAAGCCAAUCUUCGCUCGGUACAAUGGACUUGAAGACGACUUGCGUGAGGAUGGUUCCACUUUAACAAAUGGUAGAGAUCAGCAACGACCGCUGGAGGUGAUACAGAUGGAAUCUUCUUCGGACGAGGAAGUAGCGGAACGGUCCGCCGUCGGUGCUCCUGAUCGCCAAGCGCGGGCUCCUCCCGCUAGCCCUGAACCAUUUGAAAAAGGUGCAUGAAAUCCUUGGUCUUUCCGCUCAAUACUUGGGUAUCCUGCCAAAUCCUCAUUUGCUCAUUCGCAGAAAUGGGCUUGAAUGAUAAGUUAGUCUUUGUGUUGUAUCUUUUAAGAGAGUUAGGUCAUGGCUAUUAUGCUGAUUUUGUUUGUAUUUUAGUCAUUUCCCGGUCAUGUAACUAGCAGUGUUAUGUCAUCAUUGUGAUGUUGCUAGUAUCAUUCUACAGAUUCGUUGUUUUGAAAUCGGCGGUGCUCAGAGUGAGGGGCUCUAGUUCUUUCUUACACUGGUUCGUUAUAUGCUCCCUGUUUCUGAAAGUCAUGCGUAUCGUUGUGGCCCUCGAGGAUUGCGGGCGCUGGAGCGCACCUUUUGUAGUCCCUUUCAUUGUCUCCAUUUCAAAUCAACAUUUGUCCUCGAUAUGGAUCAAGACUGUGAUGGUUUUUAUAGUUUCUAAUUGCUUUGUAAACAGUUCAAUUUCCCAUUUUGUUUCGUUGUCCUUUGUCUCUCCUAACGAUGGAUUCGUAAUCACACCCUAAGGUUUCGGCUCUGCUUGUGGCAAACGACCCUAAUUUGUUCUAAGUACCAGUUGUUGGCUUGUGAAUUUUUGCUGUAUCUAUGGUUGUUUACUUAUGUAGUCCUUGUUUGAUUAUAAGAAGCUGCGUAAAUGUUAUCAUACGAA